AUGGCGGCUCGCGAAGCUGCAGAGCGAGAGCUCGCGCCGCUACAAGAAGAGCUGCGCAUUCUCAAAGCUCAGCAAGCUGGACAAGCAUCCGGCGCAGUUCCGAGCAUCUCCUUUGGUCCUCAUGACGUUGGUGCCGCAGGAGCGCCCACAAAUCAAAUCCAACAGACCCUGCUUCAGGAAAUGCUUGUCCUCAAGUGGAAAAACUCUCGGCUUCACGUCAAACUCGAUCGCCUUCAGGCCGAAAAUGUCCGCUUGCGCACUCAGCUGGAAUCUAGUGAGCGACGUGAGGCCGCCACACCAAAGGCCGCCACCCAGCCACAGUCUACCGAGGCUGCUCCUUCGGGAGCUGUACAGGCCCGAUUGGAAGACCUCGAGGGUGCCCUGGCUCUUGCUGAUGCCUUGCGCCAGCAAGCCGAAGAGGCGCUGGCGCGCGAGCGCGAACGAGCUGAUCGUCUUGAUCACCGCUUACAUGACAACCCCACCAAGGCCAGCAACACAACCCCAAGCGCUGCAGUUGCAACCACCGCCACCGAUCGUGACGAACUAGAGGCCAAGUUGCGCUCGACUGAAGCUGAGCUCAAGACCCUGCAGGGUCUCAACGCCCAGCUCGAGGAAGCCGACCACUUGGCUACCAAGCGCCAAGAAGAGCUCCGCAUGCUUCGCGAUCAACUGCAACGUCAAACACGUCUUUUGGAUGCGCUUGAGGCCGCAAACACGGAUGGCAGUGCUGAUGAGCUUUUAAAGGCGGAUCCCAAUCAGCUGGCUCGCGCCCUGCAACUGUCCCAGGAACAUAGGGAUAUGUUGGAUGAUCAGCUACAAGCUGAACGAGCCGUUGCUUUAAAACUUGCCGAGGAGCUACGCCAAGCCCACCGCCAGGAGCUAAAGGACCUGCAUCUCCAACUGGAUGAUGUUGUCCAGCGCAACGCAGAACUCAAUUCGCGCCUGCAAACGGCGCAGCACGCCGCCCAAGCAGCCCAGACAGCCAUUGCGGAGGAGAAGAGUCGAGCCAAAGCCUUACAACGCGAACUGGACCACUUGGACGACCAGCUGGCCUCAGCUACGCAAGGUGGCGAUGUGGGCACCCAGGCAUUGCACAAAGAAAAUGCACGCCUGCGGCAUGCGCUCAUCUCGUCGCGCGCACGCCAAGCACACCUCGAGGCUCAGCUGGAGCAGACUGACGUCAUGGCUGCAGAAAGUGCCGGACUACAGCAGCGUCUGAUCGCUGAGCGCGCUCGCGCAGAUCGUCUUGAUCAUGCCAUUGCAGGCGCCGGUGCCACAUACGGCACAGCUGCUGAGCGCAACCGCUUGCUGGCCAUGGAAGCUGCUGACGCAGCUGAUGGCGAUGCUAGUGCGAACAAAGAGGGGCAUGAAGAGCCUCAAGCUACGCCCGAGAAGGCCAAAGUCUCCGAGGACCUUGCAAAUGAUACCGCCUCUACCGGCCCCCUACGCUCGCUGCUAGCUGCCACACGUUGGCAGCUAGCAGCUGCGCAAGGCCGCUUGUCUCGUUUGCGCGCACAAACCUUUGACGAGCGCAGCGCGCAUGCCGACGAACGUCGGCGCUUGCAGCGGGACUUGGCUGCGUGCCAGGCAGACAAUGCAACGCUGGCAGAGCGAUUGUCUCAGCUUAUGGCAGAAGCGUCUCAUGACGCACUGCAUCAACCUGCUUCAGCCCAAACCGUACGUUCGGCAGAAGCAACCCGCCAACUGCAGGAGAAACUCACGGCAGCUCGCCAGGAAGCCAGUGCUGCACGGGAUGCCAACCACAGUGCCAACGCACGCACGCUGGAGGUUGCUCGCGAACUAGGUCAGACCAAGGCUCAACUGGCCGAGGUGCGCGACAGGGCAGCCUCGCGACCCGGCUCAAGCCGUGGAGGGGACACCUCCAAGGAUGCCAUGGCACGCCAGGAACUACACCGUACUGCCGAGCGCAAUGCAGUGCUGGAAGCAGAGAUUGCUGAGCUGCGACAGCAAAACGCUCAAAAUGUGGGAACUCCUGCCCAUACUCCCUCUUUUGCGCCUGGUAAAGCAAGCGCAGCGAUCGCAGUCGGCACUGACGAAUUACCAGCCCGGACGAGAGGAUUGGAGACGGAGGUUGACAAUCUGCGCCGUCAGCUUGAGACGGCGCGCGACCGCGCGGCUGCUGAAAGAACUGAGACCCACGAACAACAAGCUCGCUUGGAAGCUGAGCUGGCGGCAAGCGCACAGCAUAUCGAGGAUCUUCAACGCCGUUUGCGCGCACAGCGUACGGGCAGUAGUCAGCCUCCAAGCGAUCUUGAAAUCAAGCUUGAAGAUGCCCUGGCGCGCCUCCAGGAGCUGCGCGCUGAAAACGAUCGCUUGCGCGAACAGCAACGAAGGCGCGUGUUUGAGAAGCGCUCGGCGGCCAUGGAUGCACUGCGGCGAGCCCGUGGUCAUUCACGCGCCUCCAUUUCUGCAGCCCAAGACGUGUUGUCAGAGGCCGCGGCCCGCCGCGAGAAGGAAGGCGGUCGCGCCAACACACAUUACCAUGAACACAGCGAGAUGGUCUUGGAGACAGUCCGCUCCACUGAUCAAGACAUCGAGCACGCCUUGACUAUUCUAGAGGAGGACGUGACCAUCGACACUGCGGGCAACCCGCACGACGGUCAUGAGGAGGAGAAUGACCAUCUUCGACGCACGUUGAAGUGCAAGGAAACAGAGAUCUACGAGCUGGAGAUUCGUGAACGCCGCCACCGCCGUCGAAAGCCCAAACACGAGAGCGACGAGCUGGAAGAGGCGCGUCGCUCGUACAACGAGGCCCUGCAAGCUUUGGAUAUCCUGACCGAAGAAAACGCCCGCAUGGCCGAAGCCAUGGACAAGCAGCGGGCUCGGUUUGAGGAGGAGCUGGCUCGCGUGCGUGCUGAAAAGUCACGCCUGGAGGAUUCCUUGGUGGAGGAGCGAACCAUUGUGCAGCGAGAGCGUGCGGCACCCAAUAAUGAAGCCGAGCUCCAGCGCACAAUUGGACUCAAAGAUCAGAGCUUAGCCUUGCUUGAGCAGCGGCUGCGAGCCCUAGAAGCGGAUAAUGCCGACCUGACAGCGCAGGUGGACGCAGCAGCUGCACGUCGACGGGCAGCUGAGGAUCGUUUGACUGAACUUCAGGCACAGCUUGACGCUGAGCGUGCCAAAAAUGCUGCCUUGGAAACUGAGCGCGAUAACCUAAAGCGCCAUGCGGAUGAUGUGGCGCACCAGGAGCGCCACCGAAGUGACGCGAGUCGGGCCCGUGAGGACGAGCAGGCACGAGAAUUGGCGCGCGAGAAGGACCUGAAUCGUGAGUUGGAAAAACAUCUCCGUUUGGCUGAGGAUGACAUUCGGCGUUUAUCUCAAGCCCUAGAUUCAGCCUCUCGAGAUCGCAGUCAGCUGACCGAGGACCUGCGAGCUGGCGAGGCGCUACAAAGCAAGCUGGAUGAUGCACAGGUUGGGUGCCUUGGCUCAUUUCUCGGUGUCAAGAGCGCCAGGCAAAGAACGAUGCACUCACCCGCGAGCUCGCCGAUCGUGAGCGCGCCCUCCGUGACGCCCAACGCCAGGAACGAGCUUACCGGCCGUGUUUGCUUAGCUUUGGGCCAGUCGAGGGUGGUCGGCAAGAUCCUCGUCGCUCAGCAGCGUCACGCUUGGGGCGGCCUGACUCGUGGUCUCGCGCUGGGAACAACGGAGCAAGUGCCGGCCCAGAGGGACACUCUCCGAUGCACGGCUCGCGUAGCCUGCAUGCCUCUGGGCAUGGGCCCGGUGCUGCUGAGCGUCGUGGUCCUCACAUGGGCCCAUCUCGCUCGGCGUCUACGGGUGAUCGCCCCCGCCGAUACAUUGCCAUCUACGACCAUGAACCGGAUGCCGCCGCUCAGCCCGGGCCCUCCUCGACCGGAUGGGCUGGUGGAAGUCCGCAUUAACAAUGCCCGUGGCCUGGUGCCUUAUGAUUACCUUGAGCCCAUGAACUCGCCCUACCAGACGCCUCGCACCCACCUCUUGGGCCAGAUGGCAAGUCCACGAGACAUGACACGCGGCGGUAGGGACCGAGGUGGGGCACGAUCCGCACACCUAGCCGGUGCCUCCAAGCAGAUGGUCGCAAAGCUGGACUAUGAUCCGCGUCGCGAUGGCACAAACACCACAAUUCCCGUUGAGGACCAGCUGCCCUUGCGCCGAGGCGAUCGCUUGCUGGUCAAUGUGGGCGGUCGUAGCCGGCCCGAUGGUUUUGUCAGAGCUCAGUUGUUUACAUCGAGAGAGAAUGCGCUUGAUGCAUUGUCACGCUGCCUCUUCAUGCUCGUCGGCCUCCAGUGCGUCGUGGUACUCGGCAAAAACGGCAGCUUCCUCGUGUAG